AUGGGCCAAGCAGCUUCUCAGUCUGUCGUGUCAUCCCCUGCACCGCCAGCCCAAUGUCCGAUUGACCAUUCAGCAGUCAAGGCUGCUCCCGCAAAGUGCCCCAUCUCUCAUGACAAGCCCGCGACCUCCCCAUCCGGCCCUCCACAGUCCUCCUUGAAGCCCGCGGAAUGUCCCAUCAAGCACGAUUCGGACGGCCUCAACCCGCUGAACCAGAUGCCGACGCUCUCGCAGAUGCCCGCUGAGCAGCAGCUCGCCGCGCUCCCGACGCAGCGCGAGACGUCCACGAUCCCGCGCGACGACGGGUCGAGGUGGGAGUACCCGUCGCCCCAACAGUUCUACAACGCGCUCGUGCGGAAGGGCUGGGAGACGCCGGAGGAACACGUCGAGACGAUGGUGCAAAUCCACAACUUCCUUAACGAGCAGGCGUGGCAGGAGAUCCUCAAGUGGGAGCGUAAAGAGAACCCGUGCGUUGUUGCUGUCGAGCAGCCCCAGCUUGCACGCUUCAAGGGACGUCCUGGAGAGCUCUCGCCAAAGGCUCGCUUCUGGCUGUUCGCCGGCUGGCUGCUCCCGUCGCGAUUCAACACCGAGCCGCCAUUCGACCGCCACGACUGGAUCGUCCGCAGGCCGGGAGGGGAGGAAGUUCGCUAUGUCAUUGACUACUACUCUGCACCUCCGGAGCCCGACGGGUCUCCUGUCUUCUCACUCGACGUUCGCCCCGCCCUGGACAGCGUUGGAAGCAUCAAGCAGCGGAUACAAGCCGCUACUGAGGAUGUCUGGGCAGCCUUCCGCGAAGAGAACGCACGGAAUAGCUCACAGAACGCCCAGAGAUGAUCUCCUCGCCUACAAACUCCAUUCUCAGACUCUCUUAGACCUCUCGAUUGGAUUGUCCGGACUUUACAUCCCCACUUCUUAUUAUGACAUUCACGACCUCGCUCAAAAGUUGAAUUGUAGUAUUGAAUUUCUAUAAUGCAUUAGCGUAAUACCC